CCCUUUUCCCCCUCACAUUUCCCACCUUUUUUCUCUCGUUUCCCACACUUUUUUUUCCUCCCUUUUCCCACUCUUCUUCCUCUCACCUUUCCUGCUGUUUUUUCCCCUCACAUUUCCGACCCUUUCCCCCUCACGUUUCCCGCCCUUUUUCGCCUCACGCUUCCAGCCCUUCUUCCCUCACAUUUCCGACCCUUUCCCCCUCACGUUUCCCGCCCUUUUUCGCCUCACGCUUCCAGCCCUUCUUCCCUCACAUUUCCAACCCUUUCCCCCUCACGUUUCCCGCCCUUUUUCGCCUCACGCUUCCAGCCCUUCUUCCCUCACAUUUCCGACCCUUUCCCCCUCACGUUUCCAUCUCUUUUUUCUCUCACCUUUUCCCACUCUUUUCCCUUCACCUUUCCCCCUCAUUCCCUCCCAGGCUCUCCUGUGUGGAGGCAGCACAGGCGGCUCCUCGCUCCGGCGCCAUCAUGGACUGGUUCCACUGCAGUCGCUGCUUCCGCCAGGAUGGCGCCCGCUUCGCCAUCACCAACUGUGGCCACAUCCUGUGCGAGGGCUGUGGGGGCUCAGGUCCCUGCCCAGUCUGUGGCACCGCCUGCUGCUACCUGCCCAUAUCUGAUCAGAUGCGCCCAGAGGAGAAGGUUUUCUUCAAGAACCCAGUGGACCUCGCCCUCAAGCACCUUGCCCACAUCACGCAGGUGUGGCAGUUCCAGAUGGCACAGGCACAACUUCUGGUGGACUUGCACGCGGACAGAACUCGGCGGGUGCAGGCAGAGCUGGACAAGGCCAGAGAGGAGCAGGGGGAGAGGAGGAGGGAGCUGGAGUCGCUUCGCCGGGAGAAUGAAGAGCUGCGCCGCAUGCAGCUCUCCCCAGGCUGGCGCUGGAGCAGCCGCAGCAGCACCCCCUAUCCCUCCCCCACACAUUCAGUCACCCCCCAGCCCCGCCGGCAGCUCAGCAGUCAAGUGGUCAGCCGCUUCGCCCCACUGGAGCCCCCCCAGUCCCACAGCACCCCAGGAUGGCAGGCUGGCAUAGCCUACAGAAAUUCAGGGACCUCCAGCGUAGUGCCCCCCUUGGCUGGGACAAGCGAGGGACAGGGCUCUGCUCGGCGGCUGGCGAGGGGCGGGCGCUCCCAGUGGGAUCUCAACCCACGGCCAUAAAGGACAAACAGAGAUCUCUGACGGGAUCCGAGGCUCCUGAACAGCAGCUCCGGGGGUUCCCUGGAGAUGGCUGGGGGCAGUAGUUGUUAAAAAGGAAUAAAAAAAAAU